AUGUCAGACAACCAAGUUACUUCUGCGGCAGCAUCAAAGCGAGGCCGUCGCUCCGAUAGCCGUUAUCGUUCGGCGGGUCGUGGCUCAAUCGCUACCGACGAAAGGCAACUUCAAAAGCCUCGAGCUCAACGUGCCACGUGGGCCUGUGAGAGAUGUCGUAACAAAAAAUUACGAUGUAUGGGUGGUCAUCCCUGCACUUCAUGCCAGCGAUCCGAAAUAGAGUGUGACUUUGAUGACCGAGGAACGUCUUCCAACCAGGGUCCCUUUGUCACAAGCCAACGCCUCUUACAGCUCGAGAGGACAGUCACAAAUUUGGUAGCUGGUCUAAGUCAUUUGAAUUCUACACAGCAGUCCAGUAGUUUCGUGCAGUCUUCAGCACAUCGUCAGCCGUCAUCCGGCCCUCCUUUAGAUGGGUGCUUUCUAAUCGCGUCGCCCAGCUGGGGUGACACCAAUCCACUCGCUCCGAGGCACGAGAUGACGCCAAGUGUGAGGGAUAUCGCAGAUCCAUCAUCUGAUAUGGGGUCUAGUAUAGCCCUGGCGUCCUCUGAUGCUCCCCAACCCGGUGUCAAUCUGUUUGCCUCGAAUCAGCCCAUAACACCUAUUUCCCAGCAAACACACGCAUCCCCUGUUAGGUCUGGAGGACCAGAAGGGCUUCAGUCUCGAUGGGCUGCGUUGCAGCAAAAUUCGGCUCCAUUCCCUCCGUUAAUGGGUCACCCAACUGCAUGGUCAGGAGAACCGGUAAAGGUCACCCUCGAAGGGGGUUUAAGGGACCAGUCCGCGAUCGGUAUGACCCAGUAUACUGCCAGGGUCAACUUGGAGAGUGAUCCGGUUUCGGAGCAUCUUGUGAAAGAAUCGCAGGCAUGGGCACUGUUCAGAUUGUUCUUCCACAAGUGUCACCCAUUGUUACCGCUUCUUGAACCGGGCAAUGGCCUUGAGAGCUAUUUCAGCCAUAUGCAAUACUCAUCUCCUUUUCUAUUCACCGUCAUUCUGAUGAUUGCUGGCCGAUACUAUUCCAAAUAUCGAGAUAUCGAAUUUCCCAUAGCCGGCUUACCGGAUAUCACCGUUAGCGACAUUGAGGCAAUUAAUGAUCUCGCUAUCUCACAUCUUGGACUCGCCCUUGUCCGAAAACAACAUCAGCUAUCAGAUGUACAAGCCGCCGUCCUCUUUUCUGCAUGGAUCCCAAGAGGAAAGGGUCAAUCUCCGGAUCAGUGGAUGGUCACCGGCCUAUGUACCCGUCUGGCGCAUCGUAUUGGGCUACCGGACAUUGUCAAUCUCCCGCUGAUUGCGCGGGUCUUGGAGUCGACUCAAAUCGACCCCGAUGAUAUUCACAAGGCGAGUAGUAUCAUAUGCCAAUGGCACACGUGGUUAAUCGUUCAUCAAUAUGACAUAUUUCUGAGUCUUGGGUUUGGCCGUCCUCAUACAACUUCCUCCCCACCUACCUGCCCUCAGCAAUAUCUUGCCUUUGUACGCAAGCUAGGAUCCUCAACUCAUAUCGACCCUACGGCUGCGACGUAUGUGACAAGUCUAGCAGAGCUUUCAUUGAUUGCAAUAGAUUUGAUUUCUGGGUUACGCGAAGCGCGAUUACCACCAAAGUCCCCGAGGGAUUUCAACCAGCCUGUCAGCAUGUCGGCUCUUCUGACUACAACAAAUAAACUUUUAGACAAAUGGCAACUUCAAUGGACUUGGUGUGGUUCAUACGGUGCCAUUUCGCUGGGAAGCCGUGCCAAGUUAACCCAAAUAUACGGAGAGCAUACCCGAUUAUGCUUGAAUUCGCUAUCGCUCAAUCUUUUUGCUGCACAUGCAAUAGAUGAAGAUCACCAAAGGGACAUAGCAGUACCAUGCUUGACCAGAGCCUGUGAAGCAGCUGUCGCAAUUGUCCAGCUCUACACAGAGCGAUCUGAUACCGAUACGAUCAUCCGCUUUGGCCCAGAUGUGGGUACCGACCAUCAGCUAUUUGUGAAGCCUCUGACAUAUCCCUCUCUUCCUACACAGUAUCUCGUUCUCAUUUUAGGCCAAGCUGCGGUCUUUCUCAUUCGUCUCCUUGCCGCUCGAGCAAAGCUUCCUCUGCCAUUCGACCAACUUGUCUUGACACACUAUUUCCAGAAGGCAGUCGAACUUUUAGAAUCCAAUGACUUUUCCCGGACCAGCAUUUGCGGCUGGGUUGCCCGCCUGAGCCGCGACCUAGCACGCCAUGCCGGUAUGUCCGUCGAUGCGGAACCCGGUAAAACUGGCGUCAACUUCUCGGUGCUGGACUCUGGCCCCACCGAUCUGAACUGGGACUUCGAUGUCAGUGCCUUAAUUGGUCAGGACCUUCUCGUGGAAGAUUCGGGCCUCGACCUCGCCCAAUAUUUGAAUAUCCCACAACCUUUCAUUCCUCUUUCUUAA